AGCGCUAAAUCAGCAGAUAUUGUACGGAGAGCUUCUCUACUUGUACCUUCAGGUUUCAGCCAUGAAUUCGUUGAAUUCCACCUCGAUAAUGGCGCAGAGGUUCGCGGAGGUGAGAAGCAGCGCGAAGGCCGUUGUUCAUAGUGAGCCUUUGAUCCAGAAUUAUUCGAAUUUCAAGCGGAGCUCUUGCCCGGAGCGCUUGAUGUUCUACCAGAACGGAUCGUGGGUUGAUUAUUCCGAGGAAGUGGCGGAAUUGCUGAAAUUAGGGUUUGCGGAGGGUAGGCCGGUGGUUGAGGCUCAAUUGCUCGGGUACAGCUGUUUGUUUGACUUGUACCGCAUGCUCGAGAUCGAUUUGGAGUCCGGUAAUCAGCGCUCCAUCGCUUGGAUUGAUGCUGAUGGUAAGUGCUUUUUCCCUAAAACGUUCGUCAACAGCUGCGAAAAUGAUCGUGAGGUGGAAUUGGGCGAUGGCGAUGAGAGCUGCGCGAGGAUUGAAAUUGAUGUCAGAAUUGUUGAGAAUUCGGGGGAUCGCGAGGGCGCGGGGUUGAAGGAAGGUGUGGAUUUUGGUAAGAGGGGGAGAAUCGACGAUGUGGAGGAGAGUUUUUGUGGCGCCGCUGCAAAAAGGGUGAAAAUAGAUGAGAGUGAGUCGCAGUCGUCGCGGUGGCCGAAGGCGAGGAAUUUGGCAGCUGGGGAGAAACGUUAUGAGAUAGUGAGGAAUCUGUUCUUAUCCGGGCUGGAGAAUGUGGAGCCGGGUGCUACGGUUACCGCCAUUCAUCAAUGUGUGCGGACAGGACCUUUGGAUAAAGCGCGUUCCGAGGUUUUUGCCAAGCAAAUGGAGAUCAUGAAACGAGCUAGAGGUGGGAGUAAUGUGGUUUUCGCGUGGUGUGGGAUGUCGUCCCAGGGUGUGGAGAGCGUCUUGAUGCAUGGGUUUGGAAUCCCUAGCAAGUUAUCUCGAUCAGCCGGUCAUGGCGUUGGAAUUCACUUGUCGCCUAUACGAUUGCCCCAAAAUAGUGCAAUGUUGGCUGAGGUGGAUGAGAAUGGUGAGUGGCAUGUCAUAUUGUGUAGAGUGAUACUGGGAAGAUGCGAGAAGGUUGAAGCAGGGUCGCUUCAGUCGUAUCCAUCAAGUGUGGAGUACGAUACUGGUGUUGACGAUUUGAACAAUCCUAGGUGGUAUACUGUGUGGCAGGGGAAUAUGAACACUCAUAUUCUACCAGAAUGCGUGGUCAGCUACCGGCCUUUAAAUAUAAAUGGUUCUGUAAAUAGUAUCCCUAAGAAUGGGGUUCCUCAUCCGUCGACAUUUAUUGCAAAGCUAUUCUCCAAGCUGAGAGGUUCGCUUCCUUUCCCGCAGUUUUUCGAGUUGCAAACUUCGUGGGAGUCGUGUAAGAAAGGGAAGUUGGGCAAACAUGCCUUCAUGAAAAAAUUACGAUUACUUGUUGGAGACGAUUUGCUGCGCUCUACCAUUCAUGACAUUCGUGGCUGAGAAUAAGUCUUCUGCACUUGAAGGGGCAGUAUUGGAAGAGGUGCAGUUCGAUAAGGGAGGGGCACAUUGCCAGGCACCGAGGCUGGUGGCUGUGCCUCAAAUGUGGCUGCUGGCAGCAGUCUGGGCCAGAUUUUCGAGCAUUCUUAGCCGGUACGUUGUCUGAAUUGCCUUAUUGUUCGUAGAUAAACAUUGAUCGGUUCAACAGAUUUUCAUCAAUUGUUUAUAGUUUUGUGGUUAAAUCCUCUGCGAAGAUUGCUUGAUGUUCUUUAUUUCUUUGAUUAAUUACAUUUUUAGUAAAUUUUGAUCACUACAUCUUUUGUCUUAACUCAAUUGUUGUCCAUGAUGAACCAUGUUAAAGUAGUUAUAUCUGUGCAGUAGUUGCUCCCAGUUAAUGUGUAUCAGUACAAGCACAGAUUUUACUUUCCAAAUUCAGCAAAUUGAAUCUGUAUUUAUUAAAAAAAUUGCAUAUAUAUUAUUCAAAAUAGAUGUAUUUUCUU